UGAGAACAGAGCACAGGCAUACAGCAACACCACAUACCCACAAUCACCAAGAGCUGCAGUGAACCGGUACAGAACCUCUACAGACUGAAUGCUGAUCAGUAUAAUUAGGAACAGAGAUGACUAGUAAUGUUUAUGCAAACUGUGGAACUUCAGCAGACAACACAUCAGCUGUCGCAAAGCACGAAGACAUCUAUGCAAAUGACCCUCCGAGGACUCGAGUGACCAGAAGCAAUGAGGGAAAUAAGAAAUCAGGAGUUUACAGACUGGCUGCAGUGUGUGUGCUGCUGCUGUGUGUUUUCCUGCUGAUUGCCGCCACAGUGCUGUGGGUCAAAUACAACACCCUGACAAAAGAGAGACCGCAGUUACAAUUAGAGAGAGAUCAGUACCAACGAGAGCUCUCUGAACUUCACAGUGUCCUUUUAAACCUGGGAUGGAGAUUUUUCAACAAGAGAUUUUACUACAUUUCUACUGUAAAGAAGAGCUGGACUGACACCAGACAGGACUGUAUAAAGAGAGGAGCAGAUCUGGUGAUCAUAAACAGUACAGAGGAACAGGAGUUCAUCAGUAAAUAUUCCAACGGUACUCAAGCUUGGAUUGGUCUGAAUGACAGAGACACAGAGGGGACAUUUAAAUGGGUGGACGGUUCACCACUGACCACUGAGUUCUGGUGGAAUGGAGAACCAAAUGAUUAUGAACAAAAUGAGGACUGUGUUAUAACAGGCUUCCGAAAGGCUACGUUUAACAUCUCAACCUGGAAUGAUUAUCCCUGUAACCACCUUGUAGUUGGGAUUUGUGAGAUGAAAAUAUUUAACUGAAUCCAUGAAACUAAAAAAAUAUAUGAAGCUUGUGUCUGUGCUUCCUUUUCAUUUAUUCUCACAGUAGCAGCUACAGUAUCAGGUAGAUUGAAUGAUUUGCUUCUUCUGAACAGUCUGAAUGAACAGAGUGACUGUUCAACAGAAUGAACAGUCUUCUGUACAUUUAAAAAAAAAGAUUAAACUUAAUUCUGUACUUAAAUACAACAUGGUUUUGUAUUUACAAAAAGCUGAAACAACAGUCUAUG